CGGAAUCAUGAUAGUUACUUCAUAUGAUGCAUUUCUUCAGGCUCUGAUGACAGAACCACCGAGGGAAAUAUAUAUAAGAUCAUUUGAAGACCUCGCAGCUGCAAACUUAAAAAUUAACGUGCGUUCAACAGAUAUUGAUUUUAUUUUCCAUCUCAAUCCAGAACUUAAGAGGACUUAUUCAGAAGUAUUUCAUAUCGAAAACAGUUCUGAAAAAUUUGACAGAGAACGAGACGCAUUCAAUACAAAAUAUGCUUUCAUAGUUUCAAACACAAAAUGGGAUGUUUAUGAAAAUUUGCAGAAUUUUCUCGGACGAAAAUUGUUUCGCUGGUCAAAGGAAUUAUGUCCUAUGAACAAUUUGAGAUGGGGUUUUCCUAUCAAUGAAAAUUCAAUGUACAAAGAAAUUAUUAACAAUCACAUAUUGGAGACGCAAUCAGCAGGACUAUGGGAUUAUUGGAGAAAAAGGAUGUUCUAUGAAUUGAUCGAUAUUGGUAAAAUAAAGUUGAAAGGCUUUGAAACACAACAAAUUAUGCGUCAAAUGAAAAUUGAAGAUUUCAAACUAAUUUGGAUUGGAAUGGGCGUGGCUUUCGUAGUUAGUAGUUCUUGUUGUGUCGCUGAAAUUUGUGUCUUCAAGUUUAAGAACUAAAUAGUGGAGAAGUUGUACUAGUAAAAUUGUGGGAUUCACACGUGUCGUUGCUUUGUUUUGCAUUGCUGAGAAAUUUCAGAACUAGAUUUUUACGUUUCUAAUUUUUGCAUUCCUAUUUUGUUUAAUAAAAGAUGUUAGUUGAUG